CACAACGUGAAGGCAGCGGAGCAGAUCGGGGGACCUAGUUUUUUCCCUAUCAGCUACACUUGUUUUUUUUUUCUUUUGUUUUUAUUUUAUUCACACGCGCUUUCGUUUCCAUCCCCGCACACAUGCGUGCAUGUUUGGCGUUUGACAGCAGCACGGUUCGGUCGGACAGCCUCUGUUAAAACCUCAAGUGUUGGAGUUGGAACCAGAAAUGUGGAAGAAGUGGGUGGUAACAACAGGCAGUGCUAUCCCAUUAGCACGGCGUCCUCCGGCUCAUGUUGUUUGAGCCUGUUUGCUGGAGUACACACACACGCCUCCCGCCGCCACACACACCUCUUCCUCCCAUCCCGAGCUGCAGCGCGAUGGCCGAGGAGCAGCAGCAGCAGCAGCAGCAGCCGGAGCCGGGAGCGGGGAGCCUGCCGGCCCUGAUGCCCGGGCUGCAGGGCGCUGAGGCCGGCGCCCUGCAGCUCAGGAUCAAGAACUCCGUCUGCAAAUCUGUACAGUCCAAAGUGGAAAACAUUUUGCAAGAUGUCGAGAAGUUCUCAGACGUUGAAAAACUCUACCUCUACCUUAAGUUGCCUUCUGGUCCCAGCAGUAGCACUGAUAAAAGUGACCAGAGCGCCUUGUCAUCAAGCCGCACACAGCAGAUGCACGCGUUCAGCUGGAUCCGUAAUCACCUAGAGGAACACCCGGAGACCUCGCUCCCUAAGCAGGAGGUCUACGAUGAGUACAAGAGCUACUGUGACAAUCUGAGUUACCACUCACUGAGUGCUGCAGACUUUGGAAAGAUGAUGAAAAAUGUCUUUCCAAACAUGAAGGCGCGUCGACUUGGCAUGAGAGGCAAAUCGAAAUAUUGCUACAGUGGACUAAGGAAGAGGGCCUUUGUUCACAUGCCAUCAUUACCCAGUCUGGAUAUACAUAAAACAGGGGAUGCAUGUGAUGUCCCAGAGUCACAAGGCCAACUCAACAGCAUAAAGGAAGAAGUGCGAUCUGCAGCGUGCGGGCUGGUGUGUGAGUGGGCCCAAAAGGUGCUGAGUCGCCAGUUCGAUGCUGUGGAAGACCUGGCACGCUUCUUAAUCAGCAGCCACUACAUUAGCAACAAGUCUGUGGCAGCCCUCACUAUUAUGACCGGCACAGCGACAGGGAUUAAGUCUCCACAGCCAGUCUCAGCGUUUGUCCCGACUGCAGAGGCCCACUCCUUCCAGCCCCAAGUGACGACCCUGCCCUCACCUUCCAUCGAUGCAAAGCAGCAGCUCCAGCGGAAGAUCCAGAGGAAGCAACAAGAACAGAAGCUACACUCCCCCUUACCUGGAGAGGGCCAAGCCAAGCGGACAGAUGAGGGAAUUCCUGGAGCACACUCCAUCCUAAAUGUUAGCCCUACCCUUCACUCACCUCAGCCAACCAUAGGCAUUGUGGUAGCCGCUGUCCCGAGCCCCAUCACGGUACAGAGAAGCAAUCAGCUGCUGCCCCCCAGUCCAGUGGGAACCGGGGAGAGCAAAGUGCUGCCGAUUAACUUCCAGGUAGUGACCCAGCAAGUUCAGCCUGUGAAACAGAGCCCCAAAACUCCACAAAAUAUUCUGGGGAGUCCGGCGGGGGACCGCACAACUCGGCAACGCUACACCCAAAUCUUACCCAAACCCUCAGCCUCAAGUGCCAUCACUUUGCGCUCUCCCUCCACCAUGAUAAUCGCCAACAGUCCCAUUAAGACUGUGAUGCCUACCUGCCAUGUCAACUCAGUCAAUGUAGUCAAGAUGACAGCCAUAUCACUUGCACCCAAUAGUAGCACUACCACUGCCUCCCUCAACAACACCAUUUUACACCCUGCUUCUGCAGGCAUUAGCAGCUGUGGGCCUGCAGAAGAAAUCAGACCUGGUCCAAAGAUGAGGAGUGGAUCUGCUGCCCCAAUUUUGGCCCCUGUAGCCAGGCCAGGGCAUUCUUCUAAUGCCCAAACAGUUGAUGUUGAAAUGGAAGUUGAAGCAAUUCAUAAGAACAGCCAAGACCGGAGUCCUAGCAGUUUCAAUUUGAGUCAAGGAGGAACAGUAAUGAAUAGGACUGGAGGAGCUGUGCCUAGGGCUGCCAGUGUGCCCAUACCUCAAACUAAAGGCUCCUUAGGACUGGAGGAAACAUCUUGCACUAAAUGUAAUGGCAACUCGUCUUCAAGCACUAACACUGUGGCAGCUUCAGACAGCAGCAAUAAUGAAAGCACUUUGCACUUGACUGCCUCCACUCAGAAUACCAGCACUGUCUCAAAUUUGAAUGCCAGCACGGCACCAUCCUUUGUGGGAAGCAGUGAUAGAACAUUACCCAAGGAAGGCUUCUUGGCUACUACAAACCUCAGGAAACGCUCUGGCCUUAGUCCAGAGUCUCAAAUCUCUCCAGUCAAGAGGGUUUUCCUCCCCCAGCAGCCAGCAGAGGGCUCUGACGACCUUGGACAUGAGAGUAAUACCAUGGUGAAUAACACCCCCAGGCCUGGAGCUACAGUUAGACCUGAAAGUGCACCAGCCAUAGGAAAACUUGCCGUGAAAAUGAAAUCUGGUGUGUCUGCUCAAGCCCUUGCACUCUCUAAGUCUUCCUUUAGAGCCAGUGGCUUCCACAGUGUUGCCAAAACACAGACCUCCAUGCAGAGGAAAAACACUUCCACUUUCAGGGAAACUAGCACCCCAGUCAGUCAUGCACCAGUACAACAACAGCAGCACACAUUGGCACAUGUGCAAGCUCUGCCUGAUAACCCUGAUGUCCAACAACAUUUGGAUGUGAGUGACCUUACGAGUUGUGUCUCAACUGAAGGGCAGCUAGAAAGAACACAGCACCAGACCUUCAACCAGUUGGCAGAGCAAGCAGAUCAUAAGCAAAUCUCCUCCACCCUAGCCAUAGAACCUCUGAAUUUAAUGGGUCAAGCUCCAUCCUCCAGCCAGCUCGCAAUGCAGACAGAUAUGGACUACUUUUCCUUUGAUGAUGAUGUAACCCAGGACAGCAUUGUGGAGGAACUGGUGCAGAUGGAGGAACAGAUGAAACUUAACAACCUGCAGCAGUUUGGCAGUUGUGUAACACUGCAAGGCCAGCAGGCAAUAAUGCAAGGAAAAAUGAUGUCCUCCAGUCAGCCCGUGACCACUUUCUACCACUCAGCAAACAGUGGAAGCAACCCAAUUCAAACUCCAACGCCUACGCCGACACCCACUCCCACACCCACCUCUGAAAUGAUGGGAGGACCCCAUAGCCUGACCAGGGAGAGUCCAUGCUCUCGCAUCACCUCUACAACCCCAGUGGACAGUGCCCUGGGCAGCAGUCGUCACACCCCCAUUGGCACCCCACACUCCAACUGCAGUAGCACCGUGCCUCCCAGUCCAGUGGAGUGCAGGAACCCCUUUGCAUUUACACCUAUCAGCUCCAGUAUCACCGGUUACCCUGAUAACAGUGCUGUCUCCUGCAGCCCUGUCAAACCGAUGCAAAGGCCAAUGGCGACCCACCCAGACAAAACCAUGCUGGAAUGGAUGAAUAGCAGUUACAACAGUAACAAAUCAAAUAGUGAAACUGGAAUCCUCCGGAACUAUCAAGGCCUGAUUGAUGACCACUUCCAAAAGCCCCAUGCCUUUGCAAUCCCUGGGCAAGCCUGCCAUUCUCAUGCAAGACACCAUGACAACCAUUUUGGUCGCCUGACCCCCAUCUCCCCUGUGCAGCAACAAGUAGCGAGUAUGGCCAACAUGACCAACCAGGAGGGUUUUGCUGUUCCAGCCCCUCUGGAUAAUAAAGCCACCAGCACUCCCACUACAACUGCAGCUUUCCGUUGCCGCAGCGUAAGCCCUGCUGUGCGCCAGCGAAACCUGAGUGGGAACACAGGAAACACCGGCCUUCCCAAUAUCCCCAGGACUGUAGUGUCUCCCUUUAAUUCUCCUGUAACACCUGAGGUGUUAAACAUUUUUGCCAACAGCCAGACAAAUCUUGGUGUAAACAGCAUGGCUCAGAGGAGCCGCUCCGUGCCACUCAACAUCAUGAUGCAAACUCAGGUGCUGCCCAUGCCGGGCCAACAAUGCAGCAACAAAAAAAUCACCAGUGUACUCCUGAGUAAGAUGGAUGGUGACCAUGACACUGUGCGGGGUCUGGGCAUCAAUAAUUUGUCAUCCAGCUAUACUGCACGUAUGAACCUCACCCAGAUUCUAGAGUCUGACCCCAACCUUCCCGGUAGUGAUGACCACCACACACUGAUGACCUCUACUGACUCCACCAGUACAUAUACUUUCCAGAGGUCAAACUACCUUAUGGAAAACAGUAUGAAUAAGCAAAUGAUUCUCUCUGCAGGUGACAACCAACUGCAGUCCACUUCAGGACAGCAGAAUCAACUUCAGGGCCAGGGUAUGUUGCUGUCUCUGGACCCUCAGCAGCUGCAGCAACAACAACAACAACAACAACAGCAACAUCAGCAGCUGGGUUUCGGCACGACUGUUAAAGACCUUGUAACUGACAGUAGCCUUACUCCUGGCAGCCAACUCAUGGAACAGGUGUCGGAGCUAGGUACUGGGGCGGCAGAGUUCCCUGGUGAAAUCAGAAUGACAUCUGAGCUCUCCAGUAACAUCAGUGACUUGAACACUUUGGAUACAAACCUUCUGUUUGACCCCAAUCAGCAGCCAGGGCAAUAUCAAGAUGCUACACCGGAGGAAUUGAUGAAUGAUCCACUGUUUCAACAGAUCUGUAGCGAGACUGCCCAUUCUGGUGGACUUGACUGGCUAGAAAGCAAAGACCAUCCCACUGUUGGAUUAAUGGGCUAAACAAAAAGAUUAUUUUAUGUAGUUAUGUUCAUAGUGUUCAUGUGUGGUUACUUUUUGAUUAUUUGUUAAUUUAUUGUUCAAGCACUCACACUGUAUUUUGUAAUGCAACACACUGGACGCAGGAAAAUUGUCCAGUCUAAGUGCCAGGCUGAACUGAACUGAUUGCUUUGCAAGUAUGCUGAAGCACUCUGAAUCAAAUGCUGGUCAUUGCCCUUUCUUCAGAGAACAUAACCUCAUGCUGUGAUUUCAAAAGCAUUUAAAACAAGUAGUCAAAGGUAGUGUACUUUUUAUUUUUAGAAAGUCAAAGGAACCUAAUCCUAACAGUCUGUAUGUGUUUGCAUGCUUCAUCUUUGUUUUUGUUUUUCAUUGUUCCUCUGAUGGUUCGUGAUUGGAAUAAUUUCGUUUAACAGGACUGUCAUAGUUGAAGUUUCAGUAUUGAUACACAGUUUUAUUGUAAAAGAUUCUUUGCUAUUCCAUGUAUUGUUUUAUAGGAGUCUAAUUAAGGCAUAAGAUGCAAAAUUGAAACCAAAUUAAAAUAUAUGCACUGUUUACCCAAAUACUAUGUAAUAAUAGCUUGAAAACCUGGGAUGGCAUAAUGUAGGCUAACUGAAAGCAAAUAGAUCAAUCAACUCAUUGAUGGACAUUAUAUAAUUCAAAAAUGUAGCUUUAGCUCUUUAGAUCAACAAAACUGCAUGUCAUACAUCACAUUUUGGAAUAUUAGGCUGUUGGUCAACACCAAAAUCAUACACGAGUCUCCAGUUAAUCAUUUGUCCUAGUGCUCCAUACUGACAUUUGAGCAUACUGUAUGUUGAGUGACUUUGCAGUAAGCAUUAUCCAAAGUAACAAAGCCCUGCUUCUAGUAAUAAAAGGUUGUUGGUGUGUCUGUGCACCUAUGAGGUUGUAUGCACAGGAUUAGCUCCAGUGAGAUGCUAGAUACCAUCAUGAUGGUAUUUAAGAGGAUGGUAACCAGAUGUCAGUUUUUGGUUGCCAAAACUGACAUUUUGGUUAUUUUAAUGGAUUCAGUAAGUCAAAAGAUGUUGCAUUUCUUAUGGUCAAAAAGCAGAAUUACACUAUACAUUGAUGUGUUUAAUGAGUUCAUAGAUUUAAGUUUUUCCUCAAAAUUAUUUAAACUGUAAUUUCUUACAGGUAAUGUCAAUAUUUGGAAAGUUCAAGAGUGACAAAUAAGUGAAAUGCACAUGAACAUAAUGUAGCCCUAGGCAACACCAACUUUUUUGGUCUUUUAGUUGACAUCUUCAUUUUUUCUUACACAGAAAAAGAGCCUGCAAGCACAGCUGAGCAGACAGCACCAAAUGGUUGCCAGUGGAACAGAUCUAACUGCCAAAGGACACUUGGCAACUAUUAGUGUUGCAUAUGUUCAUUAUGUACCCUGUAUAUUCAUACAUUUUGAAAAUGAAAUAUCAUUCAUUCAAAUCAAUAUAGCUAACACAGAAACGGUUUAUUUUUUAGGUGAGUCACCACAUGCUCUUGUGCUUUGCAGUGAUUUUUCAAUGUACACACAGUUUCUUAAAGCCCAUAGUGAAAACAAAACUAUUUGCACAAAGACAUUACUUACAUUGCUUAGAGUUACCAAAAGUUCUCAUUUUGUCACUUAUAGGAUGAUGCAGGUCAUCUGUGAUCACUCAGUAUACUGUUUGCUUAAGUGUCAGCAUAGAGCACUGGAGCAAACAUUGGGACAUGUGCAUUGCUUGUGUCCUGAGAUGAUGUCCUUAAAAAAAAAAAAAACUAGAGAGACUUGAGGAAGCUUUGAAUGGUAUUUUUUCCUCCCAUCAGCCUUCAUAGUCAAUAACAUGAAAAGUAUAAGAGUAGUCUUUAGAUUCGUACAGUAUCCUUGUCAGUGUUGUGGAGAAGGGUUUUCUCUAUGGGGAAGAGUGAAUCUUGUCGCUGUCACGGUUGUUUAAUCAGCAGGAGGGCAUUCAAAUGGUGAACUGAAUUGUGAGAUGCUCAUCACACAAGUUGACCACUUAACCUCACUUCAUUCAGCUGUCAAAAGUCAGCCUGGGUUGUUUGGGAACCUCAACGAAAGGGAAAAAAAUCUGUGAGGAGAAAAUAUUUAACCGAGAGCUGGAUUCACCCCCUGAUAUGGAGAGCACCUAUACAGAGUUCAAGUAUAUAAGAAAUGCCAGUAAUUUUCCAUAUCACAAUGGAAACUUAAAACUUAUUUUUAAAGUGUUCAAGGGAUUGUCCAAAUGCUCUUUUACUUUAUUGCAAAACAUGUUUAUUUAUUUAGUACCUUUUUGAUUUGAAGGCAGAAAUCUUUACUUGAACAUGACUAAUAUGUUUAAGAAAAAAUGUGUCUUUUGAAUGAAAGAGAAAGGAAAUUAAUUAAAAAUCCAUUCCCAAAGUACACUAGAGCAUCAGUCCUGUGGGAAGGAUAUUGUACUCAGUGUCCACUCUUCUGAGCUAUGCAUUUUUUUUUACAACCCCCUUGUAAACAAAAUGAACAGGAAAUUCUAAAGAUCAGUAAUUGUUACUUCAUAGUAUAUUUAUAACAGAAUGAGACUGAAUAUCAGCAAUGAAGGCUCAUGAGAAACCUUGAAAGACUAUGACAAUCGGGACUU